AUGUUUGCGUUCUCAAGCAUCGAGAACCAGUUUUGGGUACCUCAAAACGAAAAAGAACUGACCUUCUGUCUGCGAGGCGGAUAUCAGGAGCAGAUAGAUGAGCCGAAAGGAGAAACGCGUUGGGUCAGUAUUUCGAAUUCUGGCCGAAAAUACAAAAAGGAGCUGAGAGUAGAGGUUUCAGCUGGUCGGAGGCCUCCUUUUCCUGGUCAAUCUGAUCGCUCUUUCUCUCAACUGGACCCUUUGGCGAGUGCAGCACUUCCAUCACACUUGUCUCCAUCUCCACUUUUAUCGCAACAUUGUCAGCUUGUUCUGGGCCUCCAAAGUCAGAGUGAAAACUGGAAGAAUCGAACAAAUUUUGGUUUGAAGGGACAUUGCGCGGUCUGCUUCAGCGUUUACUUCCCAAUAACUAUCUUCGGGUGCAAGUACUCCGAUUGGACAAAUCGAUUGCUCGGUCAUUAAAGCUGUAUUAAAGUGUGGACUAAACAUUUUUCAGCGUCGCCCAUAACCUUUUUCAAUUUGGUGAUACUUUUCGUGAUGGCCUACAUUGCGGUCGACCGAUUCUUCAUGUUCGUUCUGAACGAUGUAAGUGCCUGGAGAGCUCUGCAGCUUCAGAAGGUCUCUAGCCUCUCAUCUGCUUUUUAGAAGUACGACAAGCUGUGCGGGAACUGGCACUACGUGUGGCUGGCUGUGCCUUGGUUCACAGCAGCCGCCUUCUUCGUUUCGAUGCUCAUCUACGGCUGCUACGCUCGCGUCAACCCUUACACGCUGCGGUUCUCCUACGAGUGCAGGUAAUUUCGAAACGUUUUGUUGCGAUAUUGCGAAACUGCAGCAACUGCGAGUUGCACUACAAACUGCUCACCCUGCUGGACUUUGCCGUUCCCGCCUGUAUCACGGUUCUCUACCUCCUCGUCUACUGUGCUGUCUUCUACAAACUAAUCGAGCAGCGACGAAUGCAUAUUUGUAAAUCAAUUUCGAGAAUUUAGAAAACCGAUGAUUUCAGCAAUGGACCACAACGACCCAUCAAAAAACUCGACGUGGAAACAGAUCAAACUGGUCUGUUCCAGAUAGAAAGAAAUCUGAAAGUUGUUUCUUGUAGACUAUGCAGUUUUCGAUUAUCCUGUUGUUCCAGUGGAUGGCUUCCGGUGUCAACUUCAUCCUUCCUUAUUACUUUGGUCGUUUGGAAUGGUAAUCGUUUUGGUUUAACGAAAACAAUAAAAAGCUGCAGGGUGAGCUUGUUGAUGACGGCCGGCUCGAUCGCCAACACGAUGACCAACCCGUUGGUGAUGCUCGCCUUCCACAAGGCUACUCAGGUCAACUUCAUGCGACUGGCUCGCCAGGUGAGCCACAACUUUUUUCUUUUUCCAGUGAACUUCUUUUCAGGGGUUUAUAUUCCCGUACAGUGAAGAGAAAGAGAAAGAGCGGACCUUGAGCAAAGCUGCGAACGUGAGCACGGUGAUGUUCACCCAGACUGUAUCCGUCUCAGCGACUAAAAGCCUCACUCCCACCUGA